AUGCGUUCCUGUUACGCUUUGACAUCAUUCUUUGGAGCAAUCACCAUUGUCACUGCCACAUCUUUCGACCUGUCACGAAGAUGGCCCGAGUCCUUACCCGAAUCUUUCGCCGACCCUUACGCCGACCCUUUCGCUGAUCCUCUCGCCAAUCCCUUUGCGGAUGCUUUUGCACAAAGUUCAUUCGAUGCCGAUGAUGCUGCUCAAGCGAAAAAAGCAGCAGCUCUUAAGUUGAUCGGAACAAUGCCGAAGUGUGGGCUUGUGUGCAUAGCGAGCUCGGUUCAGGCAUCGCCAUGCUCCUUCGAGGACACUAAUUGUUCUUGCAAUAACAAAACGAUCAGCGAGCAGGCAGCACAGUGCAUCAUGGUGAGCUGUACAGUCAAGGAAACAUUGACAACGAAGAACAUAUCAGACACCAUAUGUGGGAAACCGAUUCGCGACAAGACUGGAAUCACAACUGGCACAGGUAUAGGCGGAAUGAUCUUCGCCAUCGUCGCUGUAAUCAUUCGUACCAUUUCGAAGAUUCAUAUUCAGACUGGAGGCGGCACGCCUGCUGUGACCACCGAUCUGUGGUGGGACGACUUGGCUGUUGGAACAUCACUGGUCUUCGUCAUCGCGUUCGGUGUGAUUCCAGUGCCAUUGACUCGUCUUGGCUUCGGCAAAGACGUUUGGACGGUACCCUUCCAGAACCUGACACCAAUGGUAAAAUUGAUGUUGGCGGAUGAGAUUGUCUAUGUCUUCGGUUUGGGACUUGUCAAGAUAUCGCUCUUGCUGACCUAUCUGCGCUUCUUCUCCUCGGAUCGCUUUCGACACAUCACAUACGUCGUCAUCGUGCUGAACGCAUUGUUUAUACUAUCAUUCGUUAUUGUCAUCCUGACCCAAUGCCGGCCGCUUUCAUACACAUGGAACCAGUGGGAUGGGGAGCACAAAGGCAAAUGCCUGGCUCUCAACCCCAUCGUUUGGUCAUCGUAUGUCCUUGGCCCAUUGAUUUUCGCUUGGCUGCAGACUGCUGACUUGCUUUAUAGCGCUAUCAUCAACAUUAUUUUGGACUUCCUAGUCCUUGGCCUACCGAUCUACCAGCUCUGGAAGAUGAAUCUGAAUGUCGCGAAAAAGUUGCAAGUCAUGUUCAUGUUUGGGGUUGGUUUCUUGGUCACAAUUAUCAGUAUUAUGCGCUUGCAUUCAAUUGUCGAUUACGGCGAGGAUAAGAAUUUCACCUACUCGAGGGUGAUUCCAGGGGUCUGGUCCAAGCUGGAGCUGCAGCUCUCCGUUAUUUGCGCUUGCAUGCCUGCAAUUCGACAAGUCAUUCGACGUUUCUCGCCGAGACUGAUUGGCACUACUCGUGGCGAGGGCACAACAACAGGCAUCAGCACGACGCAGUCGGGGCUGAGUGGGCGCACCAUCGCCAUUUCAGAAGUCGGCAAAAGCGCCGAUACGGAGGUACGCGGCAAGAGUAGCUCCCACUCCACGAUCGAAGAAAUGGACUGA